AUGUCCUCCCGUACCGUGCCGCCAAUGAAGUCGCUGUCCACAGCUGAUCGCCGCUCUGUCAAUGCCAACCACACGACUUCGCGACCCCGCGUCGCUUCUGGCGAGGAAAUCGACCGUCGCAGCACCACAACAGCACCGCAUGCGAGGACAAAGUCGGCCUCUAUGCGCGCACCUCAAGCCGGCUCAGGUGAGCGGCGCACUGAGAAGAAAGAGGUGCGGGAGCGCGAGACGGAGACACGGCGCACGAGGAGUCCGUUGAAGCAUUCGAGUGAGAGUCGGAAUGCUCGAACCCGCGCCGAGAAACAAGCGCGAGACAUUGAGAGACCGUCUCGGAGCGCCGCCUCGCAAAAGUCGGAGCAGGAACCCCAGCCGCCAUGGGAGCCCCAAGCCUCUCUAAUACCACACACGACCGCCCCACUCGCUACCCGCAUCUCUAUUCCUCCUCUAGCCUCUACUGCUCCCGUGUCGCUGCAACCUACACCACUCGCACAACUGUCAUUAGAGGCCCAGGAGAGGGCCAUAUUGGAGGAUCUCUUGUUCGUGUUUAUGGGCUUUGAGGGACAGUACAUUCGAUUCAGCGAUGUUUACAAUCCACAUGAAGAGAAAGAGCGCUUGGUCGGGCCACAGUUUCGGCUGAUGCCAGGCUUGGAUCCUAGUCUGAGAGACCUGACCAAAUCGAUGCUGAAGACGGCCACACACUACAUAGCUAUAGAGACCUGUGUUGAGGUUCUGAGCAGGGAAGAGUACGGUGCGGUGAACCAUUCUUUGUGCGCUGCGGUACGCCGGUUACUAAAGGAUUACCUUACACUUGUUGCCCAACUCGAGCACCAGCUGCUGACAAACGACUCCUUUACCCUCCACGUACUGAACCUACACACCAAACAAACGAGUCAUAUGCUUUUCCAGCUCUAUACGACAGGGAUUGAACUGCUGAAGGCGAACGGCAUCUUGGAGGAUGAGAAAGAUGAGGAUUCCGCCGACGACGACAGCAACGACUUCGAAAACAUUCUGGAAUCGCUGCGGGAGGGUGGAAACACAACCAAGAAGCUAUGCAAGGGUGGCAGCGUGCUGGGACUCAUCACCAAGCGACUAUCGUCAAUGUCAGGCGAUCCUGCAGCGCGGACAUUACUGACCACGUUACUCCGAGAAGCUAGCAGACCGUACAUGGCUAUGUUGAACGAGUGGCUACAUCACGGAGGAAUAAAGGACCCACAUUCCGAGUUCCUCAUUAAAGAGCAAAGGAGUAUCAAGCGCGAACGGUUAGACCAAGACUAUACUGAUGAGUACUGGGAGAAGAGAUAUACCAUACGCGAUGCGCUUGUACCACCACAGCUCGAAGCAGUCAAAGACAAAGUCCUUUUAGCGGGGAAAUACCUUAACGUGGUUCGCGAGUGCGGCGGCGUCGACGUUAGCAAAGUUGUGCAGGAUGCGCCAACAAGCUUCGAUGACCCACGCUUCUUGGACAAUGUCAAUGCCUCAUACGCCUACGCAAACUCCUCGCUCCUCAACCUGCUACUGACAACACACCAACUACCCGCUCGGUUACGCUCGCUAAAGCACUACUUCUUCCUCGAUCGAUCCGAUUUUUUCACAUACUUCCUCGAAAUGAGCGAGCUCGAGCUUAAGAAGCCAGCGAAGCACGUUAAUGUCGGCAAGCUGCAAUCUCUGCUCGAUCUCGCCACUCGUCACGCUGGAUCAGUCGCUGUAGAAGAUCCAUACAAGGAGGAUAUCAAGGUUCAAAUCAAUGACACUGGACUUACGAAUUGGCUCAUGAAGAUUGUCAAUGUCCAGGGUCUUGAUCAAGAUGCCGCGACUGCUGGUCUAUCCACAUACACCUCCGCAAACUCAGCGCCCAUUACCGACGAUACUAACAUUACCGGUUACCAAGCGCUAGUUUUCGACUAUGCGAUGCCGUUCCCGCUGUCACUCGUAGUCAGCAGAGUCACACUCACCCGAUAUCAGCUGUUAUUCCGAUACCUACUCAGCCUGAAACACCUCGAGACCGAUCUCGCAAAGUGCUGGGGCGAACAAGGCAAGAACGCAGCCUGGAAACAUCGCUCAAAGAACCCGCGUAUCGAACAGUGGAAACGCCGAGCCUGGACACUUCGCGCCCGUAUGCUCGUCUUCGUACAACAACUCACAUACUACUGCACCUCGGAAGUCAUUGAGCCCAAUUGGACAUCAUUGAUGUCGCGCAUAAGUGAGGAGAAGCAAGACACAAAAGGCCGAGCAAAGACGGCAGAGGAAGAAGGCACCGCUCCCCAAGUGAAGCGAACAGUGGACGAACUAAUGCAAGACCACGUUGACUUUCUUGCUACUUGUUUGAAAGAGUGCAUGCUUACUAACAGUAAGCUGCUCCGAAUCAACAACAAAAUAAUGUCAACAUGCAGCAUGUUCGCCUCCUUCACCUACUCUCUCUCCCGCUACCUCGUAACCGGCGAUCCAGACCUCGUCGCCCAAGUAAACGCCUCCUUCGCCCCUCCACCCCCCUCCAAAUCCUCCUCCUCGAAACCAUCAGCCCCCGUCCCAGCCCUCCUAUCAGCAACCCACCGCCCCACCACGCACUUUGUCUACGACCCCCAGCGCGUAGACAAAAUGUUUGACAUGCUGGCCAAGUACGAGGAGAACUUUACACGGCAUCUUAAGAUUUUGCUGGAUACGUUGAAUUAUUUGGCGGCGACUGAGACUGUGGUUUUCUUGAGUUUGUGUGCGAGGUUGACGAGUGCGGGCGAGGGGUUGAGUGGGUUUCAGGUGCCCAUGGGUAUGGAGGGUGUUGUUUAG